CGCGCAAACCUCCAGAGGUUGUAUAACCUUUAUCUAUGUCACGCCACGUUCCCGCGCUUUUGAAGAAUUGACGAUGGUAUUGUCUUGGGUGUCCAUGUGGUGAAAAAUUAUCUAUUGCAUCGCCAUGGCAUGAGAUUAUUUUGUGGAUGGUGUGUCGACCAUAACACUCCCCUUAGCUCCAGAAUAGCAUCGAAGCACCGAGGCAGCAGAUGCAUGUAGAAUAGGGCUUUGAACCCCCUGAAUUCUCGUCGCUAUUUCAAAUUCCAUGUAGAAUUCAGCUGAAGAGGUUAUGGGUUCUGGGUUCUGGGUUCGUAAGUGACUAGAGGAGCUGAGACGAAAUCGGAGUGAUCGAGAAUCUUGCGCCAGAAUUUUGCCACUUUUUUUGGUCUUAUGAAACUCGUCGUGCGGGGUUGGAAGUGUUCGUUUCGGGUGUUGUCAUGCCCUGGCCCGACUUGCUCUGAAGUCCCGAAAGGCGUAAUUCGCCACAUUGCGCAUUGUUCAACAGAACGGAGUUUCGCUAGCUCUGAGCGCGCCACGUUUUGUGAUGUAAGAUUGGGUAGAAUAGAGCGCUGUGAUAUGAGAUUUUCCUCGAGCUGCAUCUUUCGGUCUCAGGUUGGUGGUUUAGCUAGUGGUCUCUCAGGUUGCUGCUCUGUGCCGCCUCCCUUGGGAUCUAUCGAUACAGACCGAUUGUCUUUUCCCGGCAUUGGGUUACGAGGGUUCAGCAGUGAGACUGCCGGCAUGGCUUCCAGUGGUUCCCCUGCGCCAGAAUGUGAUGAAGGUGAACAGAUCCUUAGCGGUACCCAUAGCGAGAAGCUUAGAGGUUUUCAAAUAGUAGUCGCUGCCACUCGCGAACGGGGAAUAGGGAAGCAAGGGCAUCUCCCAUGGAAACUACCGACGGAUAUGAAAUUUUUCAAAACGGUCACAUCGGUAACAACCUCUUCAUCUAAGAAGAAUGCCGUGAUAAUGGGACGGCACACUUGGGAAUCCAUACCUGAGAAGUUCCGUCCCCUCCCUGGACGCUUGAAUGUGAUUUUGACGAGAAGCGGGAUCAAAAGUACACCGGCGGGAGUUGUUGUCAGUGAGAGCCUCCAAUCUGCGCUGGCUUUAAUCGCAACCCCGUCCUACUCCUCGCAUGUAGAAUCUGUCUUCGUCAUUGGCGGUGGCCAGGUUUACAGUGAAGCAAUGGCAUCACCAUUGUGCGAAGUCAUUCAUUUGACCGAGGUUGAAGGCGAUGUGGAAUGCGACACUUACAUGCCUGCUGUGGAUACUGACAUCUUCCGGAUCUGGUCUGCUUCCAUCCCCAUUGUGGAAAAUGGCUUGCGUAUCAGCUUUCUAACCUACGUCCGAGGAUCAUUGACUUCCUCAAUAAAACAAACUGACAAUGGAGAGACGACUGUUGGCUUGCUACCCAAGUAUCUGUUGGAAGCUCAUGACGAGUAUCAGUAUCUUAAUUUGAUUGACGAUAUCAUUAAAACUGGAGCCGUGAAAGGAGACCGCACCGGCACGGGUACCAUUUCUAAAUUUGGUUGCCAGAUGCGGUUCAAUCUUCGCAAGUCCUUUCCACUACUCACGACUAAGCGUGUAUUCUGGCGUGGUGUUGUGGAGGAGCUCCUUUGGUUUAUUAGUGGGUCUACAAAUGCCAAGGUGCUUCAUGACAAGGGCGUGAAAAUAUGGGACGGCAAUGGUUCUCGAGAAUACCUUGACAAACAGGGGCUGACGGAGAGGGAAGAAGGGGAUUUAGGUCCUGUGUACGGAUUUCAGUGGCGCCAUUUUGGAGCCAAAUAUGUAGACAUGCAUGCGGACUACACUGGGCAAGGCUAUGAUCAGCUAAAAGACGUCAUUAACAAAAUCAAAACAGACCCAGAUGAUCGGCGCAUCCUUCUGUCAGCUUGGAACCCAGCUGACUUGAAGCUCAUGGCUCUCCCACCCUGCCACAUGUUUGCUCAGUUUUAUGUGGCGAACGGGGAGCUCUCCUGUCAGAUGUACCAGCGGUCCUGUGAUAUGGGAUUGGGGGUGCCUUUCAAUAUUGCAUCUUAUGCACUUCUCACAUGCAUUCUCGCCCAUGUCUGCGAUUUGGUGCCUGGUGAUUUUGUUCAUGUGUUGGGAGACGCACAUGUGUACAAAAACCACGUGGAACCUCUUCAAGAGCAACUACAAAAUACUCCAAUGCCAUUUCCUCGUUUGCGGAUCAAAACUGCUAACCGCGAUAUCGAUUCAUUCGUAGCCGCUGACUUUGAGCUCAUUGGUUACAAAGCUCACCAGAAAAUCAACAUGAUAAUGGCUGUAUAAGGUCAAAUUCUGCAAUGCCUCGAUGGCGUUGCUUUUGUUACACACUUCUGGUGUUGCGCGCAAAGAGGGUUGGUGUACCUGUCCAGAACAAUCAGCAGAAGUUUGUCGCAGAGAUAGUGUCUCCUGUAAAUGAUGGGUUAGGUUGUAUGCAGUGUAUCCGAAUUUCGACUACAUACACAAAGAUGAACACAUCUGUUUCCGAUCUUUGCCACUAUUUAUCAAUGAAAACCCCAUUGAAUGAAAAAAUACAUUUUUUCAAAACUUUCGACUUUGCUUGAA